AUGACCGUCCGUGCAUCAGGGUCUCGUGUCCCUUUCGAGGGACCUAUAGAGGAUUACGACGUCGGGUGGUACUCCGACGAAGAGGAGGACAACGCAAUGUUCUUAAAAUACUUGGAGGCUGUAGUGACUUGCUCAUCUGAACGUCUGAUAUACUUCAGGAAUAAUUAUAGUGGCCACUGGGACAGUGUUGCCAUAACCUUACCUAAAAGAAAGAGAUUUGUUGUUGACAAGACUACUCUUCCAGACGUUUCUUUGAAAGAUAGAUUAUCAAUAUCUAAUGAAAAAUAUCAAGAUGUGAUGGAAUUGACUAAGUUUUGUAAAAACCUGACUGCCAGGGAAUACUUUGAAAAUCUGCCUCACUGCACAAAGGAAAAGAAGAAAGCAAAAUAAUGUAUUAGA